AUGGGAACUCCUCUUCAAUUGGUUGCCGAAUACUAUCAAUCUGUGAUAAAAUGCGAAAAGAUCUUUCGAACAAACGCCAAACAAAAUGACUUAUCGGGCCUGAUGCUCACAAGAGAGAACAUAUCACUUCGAAACCAAGUACAGCAAUUAACUUUGGAUUUACAACUGAAAAAAGAAGAAUUAGACAAUGCUAAGAAGUUGCAUAAGACACAAAAGGCUCUUUUGGAAUCCAAAUUAGAGAAUGCUAAAGCAGCGGUUAAGAAACAAACAACUCAAUCGUCUGAAUCCGGAUCAGAAGAGAUCGAACGUGUUAAAUUUCAUCUGCUGUCUCCAAUACAAAAUGAGCGUAGCAAAUCUUUUGAGAAACAACCAUCAAGGCUGAGGCAGGUUAUUGAUCGAAAUCAGGCAACGUUAUUUGAUGACGAAACAGAUGAUACAGCUAAUCGAACUGAUGAUGUCCUGUUCCUGAAUUCGUUAAAGCCCAAUAAUGACGCACGAUAUAAGGUUCAUGAAACAACUGAUGAGACUUCGACCGAAUCAAAGAAGAAACGUAGGCUGUCUAACAAAAAAAUAGAAAUCAAUGACAUCUUGGGAAAUUCUGACGACGACGAAAUGAACUCUGACCAUCUAAAGACUCGAGUAACAAAAAUGAAGGGCCUGUUCAAAGUUUGA